CAUCGCGUUCUUUAGUUUGGUGUGUUUUACACUGGGGUUCGUAUGGCGUUUUAAAUGUACACAAUGCGGAGCCAAUAGCAGCAGUAUUUCUUUCUCUCCUAUAGACUGUUACGCUUUUGUAACGUUCUUCUCUAAUAGAGAACUGAAACAGACAGUGGACCGUCUCGGAAAACCAAAAAAGUCCUACAUUUCACACGAAGGCUUGUUUGUAGGCUACUAGCUAACGCUAAAGGUUAGCUAUGGAGGAGAGGAAAGAAGAGGGAGAGUCAGAGAUCCAGGAACACGGCCCUGAACACUGGUUCACCAAAUGGGAACGACAGUGCUUGGCCGAGGCCGAGCAGGGCGAUUCGAACGAAGAGGAGACGGAACAAAGUCAACAGAAACUGUGGCACCUCUUUCAAAACUCAGCCACCGCCGUAGCGCAGCUUUACAAAGAUAGAGUAUGUCAGCAGCAAGGCCUCUCUCUCUGGGUGCCUUUCCAGAAUGCAGCCACAGCUGUCACUAACCUGUAUAAAGAGAGUAUGGAGGCUCGUCAGAGAAGCUAUGACCUAGGUAUCCACUUGGGCUACCAGCGCAGGAAUAAGGAGGUAAUCGCAUGGGUGAAGAAACGUAGAAGAAAUAUCAGACGAGAAGACCUCAUCAGCUUCCUAUGUGGCAAAGUCCCGCCUCCACGAACAUCUCGUGCCCCACCUAGAGUUGCCAUGGUGUCUGCAAGCCGACCGUCGGUCCCAGAGACCGGCAACUCUGUCGAGACUGAUCUGCAGCCUUUCAGAGAGGCAAUUGCACUGCACGGCCUUAGUGGUGCCAUGGCUAGCAUAUCUGUACGUUCUGGCCCUCCUGGUUCCCCAACUCAUCCCGCACAGUCCCUCACUCGUCGUAGGAAUGGUCUUCAUGAUGUGGACCUCAACACCUUUAUCGCUGAAGAGAUGGCACUCCAUUUGGAUUCCACAGGCAAUCGUAAAAGAGGCCCUGCCCCCUGUAGUGAUGUUAUCACAGACUCACCCACUCAUAAACGUAACCGGAUGCUCUGAACUUUUCCUACACCACUAAUCCCUCUCUGAUGGUGGCCAGCUUGACAGUCGAUCAAGACUGGUAAUGCCUUGGCCACUGAAAGCUUCCUGUCCUUCCCCUUAGUUACAGUACUAGAAAUAAAAAAUACUAUUACCAACCAUGUAUUCCCCUAGUUUUUUUUCUUUUGCUCCCCCUCUCUCACUCACACCCAGGGCCUGUGGCAAACUUAUCUUUUUUUGGUAAUCUUUUCUGUCAUCUAAGUUUAGUGGCCCUUGGUAGAUCUCAUAACAAACAGAGCACUUGCAACAAUCACAGAUCCCUAAAUUUUGUUUAGACAUUGUUUAUCAGUCUGGCUCUUUUGUGCUCCAAGUCUGAUAAUCUGAUGAACUGAACUGCAGUUAUCAUCCCCUCACUUUUUUUUCCCCAAGCAUUCUUCCUCCUCCAUCUUUGGAGUGCUGGCCAAACUAAACUGGUCUGAAACUCUGGCUCUUCUGGAGGGUGAACUGCCUCUCUGCUGUUUGACUCCACUCAACGCUUGUCAGCGUGUGUAUCCCAUUCUGCUGCAUGUGUUUGUGUAUCUGACAGCAGAACUGCCACUUACUGUGUUGUACUUGUCUUUGCCUUUGAGAAAGCUGCUACAGUAUCUCUGGUUGUUGUGCAACUGUGUGUGCGUGUGGGUAUGAGUGCGUGCCCUUGUGGAUACAGGAUUAUAGGAAUUCCAGAAACCACAGAAUUAUUUCCUGUUUUUACUUUUUUUCAGUUGCUCUAGUUGCUCUGAACCAUGGUGUUAUCACAAAGCAGGUGUAUCUACCUUACAUUCAGUCAAUGGCGACUGUUUCAGUAGAGGCAACAAGAUCUGUUUUCAUCAAAGCUUACUUUUCUUAUGUGUCCUGCUUUCUUUUUUUAACGAUGGAGUUAUUCAUAGAGAUAGUCAGGUUUACACAAAUUCAGAGUUUUCCUGUUCACAUCAGAAUACAUUUGACUGGUGGUUUUUGCAUAAAGUGCAGUAACACUGUCUGAAGUGUUGCAUUUCGCCUACUUUAUGUUUACAUUUCGCUCACUGUUAAGAAUUAAAACCGGUGCGUUAUCAUUUUGUCUCUUGAAGUUCGGAGAGAAGACUCCCAAAAUGUUCGCACUUGUGAGUUUAGCUUUAAAUCUAGACAUUUAUGAAGAGCAGUUGCCUGUGAACUGGUAGGGGCCGACGGCUGUGAUUUUUCUGUUUGGUUCAGCCAAUUCAUGGACUGGUUGAUGUGAUGAUUCAGCAAAGCUUGGGGCACUUGUUUUCUGCUAGUUUCACACGCUGCUGUGUGAUACAAUCUUGUGUAAUGUGUAAAUAACAUGUAGGUGCUCUUAUAUGUGGUACAUAUUGUAAAAAGAAGUGCAGAUCCAUCGGGUUGUCCAUGUACAAUAACAAUUCUGACAUUAAAAACAUACAGGUGUUUAA